AUGGACCUGUAUUAUCGCCACUCUCUUUCUUCGGGCACCAGGAGAGACACACACGAGGACGAAGAAGCCGAGAUGUUCAACACUUCUCCUCAGAGCGAACGCCGAAGAGUCCAACACGUUGACGGAUUCCGAAUCUCUGUUGACCAGACAUUGUCCCCGAAAUUCGGCAGUGUGUUCCCUCAUGCCAGCAAUAGUCGCGAGAUCGAGAGUGUCCUGAUGGAUUACUACGUCAAUAAAAUUCAGCAGGACAGGGUGUAUCUCCUGCUGGACCAGGGAAAAAAUCCGGUCACGUUCAUGUUUGAGGCAGCCUGCACUUCUCCAACCAUAUACUCUAGCAUCUUAAUGUACGCUGCAGACCGACUGGCACGACUGGACUCCAAAUUCUCCUACGUGACGAUGCACUACCGCCAGCGUACCCUCAAUUCGUUGAGGGAUCUGCUGAUCCGGCAGGACGGGAGCAUGCGAGACAUUCUUCUUGUCUCCAUGAUGCUUUGCACAGUCGAGAUCAACGACCUGUACCCAUCGACUUGGGUCGUACACUUCUCCGCAUAUCGCCAUGCAAUUCAACAGCGCAUAAUACGAAAUGCAGAAUGCCGAGAUGAUGAUUACGGCUAUAAUCUGGGCUAUCGGUAUUUCACUCAUCAACUCAUUAUGGCCAAGACCAUGUUCGACGUAGAGGCAGCCAGUAGUGCAUUCGUUACCGCCUCCAACCACGGCAGGUCAGUUGACGACUCCCGAUCCCGAUGGACGUCGACCGAAAAUUUGGCUCUGGAGAUGGACCUCGACUCCUUGAGGAUCAUCGAUCCGUAUUGCAAUUUCAGUAACGCCCUUCUCCUCUUGGUCAACGAAGUAACGGAUCUCAAACGCUUGCAGUCGUCGACCCAGAGACUCAAACACGCGAGGGACAGGCGGAAACAAGAACUACUCAUUCAGACGAAGAUGCAACGGCUCAACGCGAGCCUCGUCAAUCUGACCCAAGUCACCCCAGAGUGGAUACGGGAAAGCGAACCUGAAGUUGUGGUUACGAUGAUUGAGCAAGUGGCUGAGGCGAAUCGUCUUGCAGCUUUGAUUCUUCUCCUACAUGAACCCUACUUGCCAUCAGCUCACCACAACGCCGCGGCAGGUGUGGGUAGAGGUGGUUCUCCAAUCACCUCUAUCCCAGUUUCGCCAUUCAACAAAACGGCUCCCGCUUCGUGCGUGCGGGAUGAAAAGGAGAACCACAUCAAGAUUCUUCUCCAACUCCUUGACGGCAUUGUCGGCUCAGAUUACCCGCUGGCCCCCAGCUGGCCCCUCUGGCCUGUUUUCAUUGCUGGAUGCUGCACGAAUAACGAGGACAACAGGAUUGCCGUCAUGAACAUUUUCAAUACCAUCAGAGGCAUGACACACAGGGCGUGGGGAUCCAUGAGUGAUUGGCUGACGGACGGACUGUAUUUCUCCCAGAAUAUCGCCUCCGCCUUUCGCAUCCUCCGGGCAGUGUGGCGCCAGCGCGACUUACAAGCUGAUAUGAACGACGUCUGCAUCCGCACCAUCUCACGGCGACGGAAGCGCGAGAAGCAAGCCUGUGGCUCCCAAGCAGUACCCUCGAGGUCCGGGACAUCGUCAGAAUACAUAUAUGAAUGGCAGAGCGUGAUGGACAUGAUCGGAGAACGGAUCAGCCCGACCUGA